AUGAAAUAUACUGCAGUUUUAGUAUUUCUAUUGCUGGCCGUUUCGGUUUCAGCUGUUAAGGAUAAACGUGUUAUUGGAGGUUCAAUCGCUACGGCCGGGCAGUUUCCGUAUGUCGCCGGAUUGAUCACUAGAAUCAACAUCCUGUUGUCAGGUCAAUGUUCAGGAUCGAUUCUUUCAACGCGAACCAUCCUCACUUCUGCGAGUUGUGUUUCAGGCAUACAAGAUGCAGUUGUGGUAAUGGGUGGACUGUUGCUCAACGACGGAAACGAAUCAGGUCAACUGCGUGUUACGGCAACACAAUUCAUUAUUCAUAAUGGUUACAUGGAAGAUACUCUAGACUUCGAUGUCGCUCUAGUCAUUCUUCCGAUUCCGAUUUCCUUCACUGACACCAUCACAGCGGUGCGUCUACCGAAUCGCCGUCAAGCAGAUGCUUCCUUCCUAGGACAAGAAGGAACAUUUAUGGGAUGGGGCAGAUUUGGUGACGGUACAAGCAAUUCGGAAGUUCUGCGCUUCGGAACCUCACGGGUGAUCACGAAUAUCGCUUGUACUGUGAGUUUGGUAACCGAAACCGUAUUGAGUGAACACAUUUGCACGGCCGGAACGGACGAUGAUGAAGGACACGGUUCACCUUGUCAGGGUGAUAGUGGCGCACCGUUGACCAUUCUUGAUACCGAUGGAAUCACCACUCAGAUUGGAGUCUUCUCGUUCCAUUCGAUUCUGGGAUGCGGAAGUGGACGCGCCGCUGUUUUCACACGCAUGUCUGCCUACCUCAACUGGAUAGAGGACAAUUCUGAUGUUCCGAUUGAAGACUGA